AUGGCGAAUCAGAAAGAUCAAGACUCAGAUCCUCUCGAAGAGGAUACAUCAAUGGCUGAAGAGUCAAAACCAGAGAAAGAUUCAGAGUGUUCCAAUGAUGAUGACAAAGACAUGACAGACGAGUUCUCAGAAGAGUUUAUAAGGCAAAAGAAACUCAACGAACUAAAAAGAAGAGCUUUCUACUCUGUUCUUCUCGCUUUCAGAGUUGAAACCUUAUCAUUAGGAAACAAGAGGGAUGAGAUCAUAGAGAAGCUUAUGAACGAGUGGAGUAUUGGUCAAGAAACUCGCGUCUCUUUUGAGGAUAACAUUAAGAAGAAUCUUGUUGCUUAUCAACAAAGGGUUGAUUCAGAAGUGAAGGAAACGAAGAAGAUAGUAGAAGUGAAGCCAGUGACCACAAGACAACCUGCAAGGAAGCUGACUUAUGUUGCUACAAAUCGCUCAAAGUGGGGGAGAGUUUAUCCGGAGGAUCUAGUUGGAAGAAGGGUACUUGUGAAAAUGCCUGGCGAAGAGGAGUUCGAGUACUUGGUGAUCAAAGAGUAUAACGCAAAAGAGGGGAAGCAUCGCCUGGAGACUUUAGAUCUGAACGUGAUGUGGAUGAAUGAAACGUUAAGCUGGAUUGAUGUUAGAAAGGUACCGGUUGGAGAUAUUAAGUGGAGAAUUGGGGAAGAUCCUGAAUUUGAAACUCCUCCUGGACUUGGUGCAGGACAAUGA